GCUCUUUCGACCGCCAUUUUCAACAUCCCUCGGCGACAGUGGCGGUGCCAGGUCCGGGCUCGUCAUCGCCGUCCUGCCGCGCGCAGACGGAGACCAGGACGCCUUGCCCAAGAUGGCGCAAGCGCCCAUGAUCUCGGUGCCCCUCAAGGCCACCAACGAGAUCGACUGGGUCACGCCGCUGAAGGCGUACAUCAAGAACACGUACGGCGACGAUCCGGAGCGGUAUGCCGAGGAGUGCGCCACUCUCAACCGGCUACGGCAGGACAUGCGCGGGGCUGGGAAGGACAGCACCGCUGGGAGGGAUCUGCUGUACCGCUACUAUGGCCAACUCGAGCUGCUAGACCUGCGCUUCCCCAUCGACGAGCAGCACAUCAGGGUGUUGUUUACGUGGUUCGAUGCCUUCACGCACAAGCCCACGUCGCAGUACUCGCUGGCCUUCGAAAAGGCCUCCAUUAUUUUCAACAUCUCGGCCGUUCUGUCAUGCCACGCUGCCAACCGGACACGCAGUGAAGAGUCGGGGCUCAAGCAGGCCUACCAUUCGUUCCAGGCCUCGGCCGGCAUGUUUACCUACAUCAACGAGAACUUCCUCCACGCGCCGUCCUCCGACCUGAGCAGGGACACGGUCAAGACGCUCAUAAACAUAAUGCUGGCACAGGCGCAGGAGGUCUUCCUUGAGAAGCAGAUCACUGACCAGAAGAAGAUUGGCCUCCUGGCAAAGCUCGCGAGCCAGGCCGCAACGCUGUAUGGACAAGCUCUCGAGGGCGUGCAGGACAACGUCACCAAAGCGAUAUUCGAAAAGGUCUGGCUGUUGAUGGUGCAGGUCAAGUUCAACCUCAUGAACUCGAUCGCGCAGUACUACCAGGCGCUUGCCGACGACGACGCCAACUCGCACGGUCUGGCCGUCGCUCGUCUCCAGGUCGCCGAGGGACACGCCCGGGAGGCCAACAAAACCGCCAAUAGUUUCCCUAGUUCUGUACCCCCCAGCUCAAAUCUAACCGCGGACUGCGGCCUAGUCCUGGCCGAAAUCACGAAGAGGCACCUUGUGAAGGUUCAGCAAAAGCUCAAGGAGCUGACGAAAGACAACGAUUUCAUUUACCACCAGCCGGUGCCUGACGCGGCAGGCGUGCCGGCCGUCUCCAAGCUGCCCGCAGCUAAGCCCAUACCAGUCAGUGAGCUUUACGCGGGGCAGGAUAUUCAGCGGAUUACCGGGCCGGAUCUUUUUGCCAAGAUAGUACCACUGGCCGUUACCGAAUCGGCGAGCUUGUACGACGAGGAAAAGGCCAAGCUCGUGAGGGCAGAGACCGAGAGGGUGGACGCUGCGAACAGCGAGAUGGCCGCGAGCCUGGACUAUCUAAGACUGCCCGGAGCCUUGCAGAUUUUGAAAGGCGGCUUUGACCAGGAGAUUCUGCCCGACGAGGACUUCCGGACCUGGUGUGUCGAUGUCGCCGACCACGAAGACCCCUCCAAGAUCUUCGAUUUCCUGCACGAGCAGAAGCAGUCCAUCGUGGCGACUCUGGAGAGAAGCAGCAAGCAGUUGGACAUGGAGGAGAGUGUUUGCGAGAAGAUGAGGUCCAAAUACGGGUCGGAAUGGACGCAGCAGCCGAGCUCGCGGCUUACCACGACUCUGAGGAGUGAUAUGCGGAACUACAGGGAAGCUUUGGAGGAGGCCGCGAGAAGCGACGGCCAGCUGGCCACGAAGUUGCGGCAGAAUGAAGCCGAGUUCAGCGAGAUGCGCGCCGCUGCCGAGACCGGCGAGGUCGAUGCCCUAUUCCAACGAGCCGUGAAGAAGGUGCGAAAAUCGAGCAGCGCAAACAGCCCGUCCUCUGAGCCCAACUUAUUGGACGCCGACUUCGACGACAGCGGGCCCAGCGUUGUUGAGCAGAUUGCAAAGGUGGAGGACAUACUCAAGAAGCUUAAUCUCAUCAAGAGGGAGCGCAUUCAAGUGCUCAAGGACCUAAAAGAGAAGGCGCACAAUGAUGACAUAUCUCAAAUCCUGAUCCUGAACAAGAAGUCGAUCGCCAACUACGAGCAACAGCUCUUCCAGCAGGAGCUCGAGAAGUACCGACCAUACCAGAACCGCUUGGUCCAGGCGACCCACAAACAGGCGGCCCUGAUGCGAGAAUUGACUGUUGCGUUUAACGGCCUGCUGCAAGACAAGAGGGUGCGGGCAGAGCAGAGCAAAUACGAGUCCUUCCAGCGGCAGAGAGGGGCGGUGAUCAGCAAAUACAAGCGCGCGUACCAGGAAUUCUUGGAUCUGGAAGCCGGUCUGCAGAGCGCAAAGACCUGGUAUCAGGAAAUGAAGGAGACGGUCGAGAGCUUGGAGAAGAACGUCGAGACGUUCGUGAACAACCGAAGGGCAGAAGGCGCCCAGCUUCUAAAGCAGAUCGAGCAAGACCGUGCUGCGAGCAAGAGUGCACAAGCCGCACUGGAGCAGGAGAGACUAAGGGGCUUGAUGGAACGCAUGUCGCUGGAGGCGCCGCCGACAUCACCGCAGACGACGUCAACGCGACCGACACCCGCGCCACUCACAUUCACUUCGACACCCUUGUACCCUCAGACAAACUUCACUGGACAAUACCAGAUCCCCAGCUCCCCUCCCCCGACGCAGACAACCGCCCCGCAAUCUUACAUGCAGCAACCGGGACAGACCUUCACCUACAACCCCAGCUCGCAUGGCCGUAUCCCCGGCCCAACGUCUCCGCCGCCCACACAAAGCACCUUCAACAUCGGGCCCAUGCGCCCCGGGCCCGCCUCCCCGCCACCGACACAGGCGACCUUCCCCCCGCAAACAGGAUACAGCACGUACGGCAACCCUGCCGCGAUGCCCCAACAGCAGCAGCAACCACAACCCCCAACACAGCAGCAACAGCAGCACGCCAGCUACAUCCCACCAAAUUUUGUGCCGCCGCCGCCACCGCCCGGGCCUCCCCCGCUCGGUCCCCAGCAGACGAUCCAUUACGGCUCGGAAUACUACCCGGGCGACCCGAAUGCCGGGCGGCCGGGUUCGUCGCAGCAGCACCUCCAAACGCCGGCACAGGGACAGCAGGAUCCAUGGGCGGGAUUGAGUGCUUGGAAGUGAGUGGGACGCAGUAGGGUUGGCGGUGUGUUCAACUGGGGUGUGAGAGGAGCUCCUUUAUGAAGUAGCUAAGCAGUAUGAACUAGGCCCGCGGAAGAAGUGCUGUGU